AUGGCCAUCAUGCCAUCGUCGUCGUCCUGGACGACGCUACGAGCUCUGACGAUGACCUUGGCUCUCGCCACCGUCGCCGCUGCUGCUGCUUCCCGUCAGCCGUCGCCGGGAGCAUCCACCACCACCAACCUGACCCUCCACAACCUGUGCCCGUACCCAGUCUGGCCGCUGGUGACCGCCAACUCAGGAGUGCCCUCGAUCCCGACCGACGCCGACGGCGAGCCGGCGGGACGUCUGGACGGCAACGGCGACGGCCUGGCGACACUGGCGUUCCCGCCGGGGGCGUGGUCAGGCCGCGUGGUGGCGCGAACGGGGUGCACCGGGGACGACGAGGAAGACGCGUACGGCGACGACGGCCCGCUGGUCCCGUUCCGGUGCGCGACGGGCGACGCGCCGCCGGUGACGGUGGCGCAGGUGAGCGUGGGCGGGCCGGGCGGCGCCGCGGCGUACAGCGUGAGCCUGGUGGACGGCUUCAACGUGGCCGUCGUAGUGACGCCGCACGGGCUGCCGCCGCCGCCGCCGGAGGGUGCCCGGCGCGGGCGGCGGUGCCCCACGCUGGGAUGCGCCGUGGACCUCGCCGCCGAGUGCCCACCGCGCGCCCGCGCGCCUGGAGGAGGGUGCGGCGCCGGCGCGUCCGAGGCGGCGCUGUUCAAGCACCUGUGCCCCGAUACGAGGACCAACGCCACGGACGUCGAGGUCUCGCCGCAGGACUGCGUCGACCCCGGCGAGAUCAAGGUCGUCUUCUGCCCCAAGCCUGACAGCGUCGUCGCCGGCCACCUCUACAACGCGUACAAGUCGCCGGCGUUCAUCGCGCUGGUGAGCGCGCUGUGCGUGGCCGUGGUGCUGCUGCUGCACCAAUGCGUCCUCGUCAACUGCUGCCACGGCGGCGCCGCCGCCGCCGACCGCGACCGGCGCCGACGCAGGCAGCAGCACCACCAGCGGCACGUCGUCGGCGUGGUCACCACGACCACGUCAACCGACGCGCGGCGGCGCCAGCAGGACGGCAACGACGACGACGUCAGCGUGGAGGUGAGCGCGACGUCGCGCACGCACCUCGUCGCCGCGGCGGUGGUGUGCCGGUACCGCAAGGAGGAGGCCUGGAAGGAGACGACGUGCCCGGUGUGCCUGGCCGACUUCGACGACGGCGAGGCCGUGCGGGUGCUCCCCGAGUGCAUGCACUACUUCCACGCCGAGUGCAUCGACACCUGGCUCCGCGGCAGCACCAGCUGCCCGAUGUGCCGCGCCGAGACCACGCCGUCGCCCACGCCGACACCUAGCUCGGCGUCCGUGCGCCACCACCUCGAGCUCUCCGUCUCGCUCGAGGAGAUCCUCGUCAGAUCGUAGCAGCUCCCGGACCAUUUCCUCGGAGCAACAAUGGCGUAGGCUGCGGCUGGAAGCGUAGCGAGAAACAGAGCAACGGGAGGAGGAGGAGGGAGGCGAAGCAGAGUGCUGCUUGCUCUGCUUCGUUUGCAUGCUUGGAAGCAGAGCAUGGCGGGGAUUUCUUCCAUUUUUGGAUAUAGCACAGAAAGAUUUUAAAAUUAGGUGGAAAUAUUUUUAUUUCUCUUGAUUGAUCUCAAAUUAAUUUUGGAUG